AUGACUAAACGACAGAUCAACAAGGUAGAAACCUGCAAAUACAACAUCGAGAACAUUAUAAUUUUCUUUCUGGAAUUGGUAGAGGAUGAGUGGAAUUCAUGGAGUGAGGGAACAAUGCGUUCGAUGUCUGUCCACUGGUCGGGUUGCCCUAUAGGAAGCCAUGCUUGGAUACUUAUAGCCAUGUUUCAACUAGCCAUGGAUUUCCCCACCUGUGAAUCUCUAGCCCAAGGCCCGGAGUUUAGGCUCUUGCCUCGGCCUUUCCACAAUCCCAGAUUGUGGAGUUUUAAGAGUGGACUGGCAACGAAGGUCCCCACCCCUUUAUGGAACCUUCUUUCAUCCCGUCCUGAACGUGCACAUGGACAAACGCAGAAAUAUCAUUCCAGAGGGACCCACAGAACCAGGAACAAGGGGGUCAUCCCUUUGAAAAGUGGGUCAUCGAAACACCCAGAAGCUGCCAAAUUCAACCCUUCCAUUCCGUCCUUGGCAAGCAGUGGGAGGAUAGAACAGCAGACACCUUUGAGAAGGGACAAAAGACACCUACAAGGGGGUAGUUUGAAUAACUUUGACUUCAGAGGGAGCAAGCCCACAGUGGAAACUGAAUUCAUUGCUUGGGGUCCCACAGGGGAAGAAGAAUCUGUAGAAUCUAGCACAUCUCCUGGGAUUUAUGGCCCCACCACCGUCUCCAUUUUGCAAACCAGAAAGACAACUGUGGCUACCACCACCACCACCACUACAAGCUACAUCACUCGACAGCCUAAGGGAUUCACACCAUCCCUUAGUCCUGUUAUUAGUCAGAACAGUCCCAACUAUCCUGGUAGGAUUAGCACAACAGAAUCUUCCCCUGGCCCCCAGGGCAAUGGCAAAGACAUCACACCACCACGGAUUCUGGGCGAGACCUCAGGUCUGGCUGUCCAUCAGAUAAUAACCAUCACUGUCUCCCUCAUCAUGGUUAUAGCUGCUCUGAUUACAACUCUUGUCUUAAAAAAUUGCUGUGCACAAAGUGGAAAUACUCGCAGAAACAGCCACCAACGGAAAAUCAAUCAACAAGAAGAGAGCUGCCAAAACUUGACGGACUUCACCCCUGCCCGGGUGCCUAGCAACUUGGAUAUCUUUACCGCCUAUAAUGAAACCCUGCAGUGCUCACAUGAGUGUGUUAGGACCUCAGUGCCCGUGUAUACCGAUGAGACUUUGCACCCAACUGGGGAGUAUAAAACCACCUUUAAUGGAAACAGACCUUCUUCUUCUGACCGACAUCUAAUUCCUGUGGCCUUUGUGUCUGAGAAAUGGUUUGAAAUCUCCUGCUGACUGGCCGAA